AUGUCGACCAUCUCCUCCACCACCAUCUCUUCCUACAGAAAGCGUUUCGGUAGCGAACGGAACGCCGGCAGAUCCUCCAACCGCCACUCGAGUCCUGUCGGUAACCGCGUGCAGUUCAGCGCACCUGCGGCUCUCUACCCAUCCAGCAAGAGCGCGCGGGUUUACGGUGUGGCGCAGACCGGGUGCGCAAGCUUAGAUGUCCCCCUGACCGAGCCCGUUAAUGCGGAGUGUGUGGAGCUCGACGCGUUUAAAGUCGCGCGCUCAGGUGAGAAGGCGCAGGCGCAGUCCCUGAACGACCGGCUCGUGGAGCAGCAGAACAAGGCGCUGCGCGCGGAGCUGGAACACUGGCGGGGGAAAAGCAGCUCGCGCCUUCAUGACCUGCACAAGCACGAGCUGAACGAGCUCCGGCGGCGCGUGGACCAGCUUACCAAUGAGAAAGCGCGCGCGGAGGUGCACCGGGACAACCUGCUCGUGGACAUGGAGCGCGUCCGCGGCAAGCUGCAGGAGGAGGUUCUCCACAGAGAAAAAGCCGAGAGCAACAUGCAGAGCUUCCGACAGGAUGUGGAUAACACCGCUUUGACUCGGGUAAACCUGGAAAGGAAGGUGGAGACCUUGCAGGAGGAAAUGGCCCUUCUGAAGAAGCUUCAUGCUGAGGAGAUGGCCGAGCUGCAGGCACAGGUCAGGCAGCAGCAGAUGCUCGUGAAUUUGGACAUGACCAAACCUGACCUAACUUCAGCUCUGAGAGAAGUGCGGCUGCAGUACGAGAAUCUUUCCACCAAGAACAUCCACAAGUCUGAGGAGUGGUACAAGUCUAAGUUCACAGAACUAGCAGAGGCUGCUAAGAUCAACGAUGAAGCCCAGCAAACGGCUCGGAAGGAGGCUAGUGAGUACCGGCGCCAGGUUCAGGCUCUGACCUGUGAGAUGGACGCCCUCAAGGGGAGAAACGAGUCUCUGGAGCGACAGAUCAGAGAGAUGGAGGAGAACUUUGCUGUGGCAUCUUCAGGGUAUCAGGGGACCAUACGCUGUCUGGAGGAGGAAAUCCGCAGCAUGAAGGAUGAGAUGGCACAGCACCUGAGAGAGUACCAGGAGCUGCUCGGCAUCAAGAUGGCACUGGACAUCGAGGUUGCCACCUACAGGAAACUGCUGGAAGGGGAUGAGAGCAGGAAAUUAAUGUCUCAGAAAAAUGAAGACGUGAAGUGACCUGCGUCAUUCCCAGUCGGAUUCACACCUCGGCCAAACUCGCCCAGCAACACACAGAACCAACAACACCAUCCAUCCCCACGAGACCUACAGAUAUAGCUGCUGCCCCUCGAUGGACAUCUUUCCAUAGUCUUUUCCGCCAUGUUAAUGACAUACACUGCCUUUAAAAAGUAUUCAGACCUCUGUAGUGGUUUGUACCUUAGUGCAAUUGUGCAAAUGAGCAAAUGAGUCACGAGAUAAAACAAGAGGUUUUUUUCAUUGAAACUUUUGGAUUUUUUGUUGUACUAUUAAAGUUAAGAAGGGCUGCUUUACUUAUUUAAUAUUAGAGAGUUUUAAAUACUAGUGAACUAUUAAUGAUAUGAAUAUAGACAAAUGCAAAUACUUUGAUAACUUGGGCUUUGAUUACUUGAUGUUUAUGAAUGAUAAAUACAUAAUCACUUACUACUUGGAAACUGUAAAUAUGCUUAGGGCAUUAUUACCAGUAGUCAUAUUCCAAUAUUGAAAAAAUACUGCUACAGUAGAAUUUUACAGGAUGUGUAUGGGGUGUACGUGAUAAGUGAGUCAAUUGCAUUGUAUGCAAAAACCCAGUUUUAGAAGAAAUCUAUGUUAACAAUGGGACCUUCCACUGUUCUACAAGGUCACCAAAGAGAAUAUAUAAGGGUGUUUAUUUUUUCCUGUGUUAUCGCAUCUCUGUGUGAUCCUUUUCUGCAGACAAGAUUAAAACUCUUUUCUACUCACAA